UGCUUCUGCUUGCUACUUGUAAAGGUCUGCUCUAUUAUUAGACUUCGUUUCAGAGACCAAUGUAUCUCCUGCGUAAUCGGUCUGAGCUAUUUUAGCAACAUACGACUAAAUUGGAUGGUGGUGAGGAAGCCAUAAUCAUUAAUCUCGCCGCAGUGAACGGAGAAAAACACAAAAGAGACUCAAAGAACACAACAACAAUGGCGACAACGACCAAUCUUCUGAGUUCCAUCAAAACUCACACCAAUUGAUCCCCUACCAAUCCAUAGCCAUGCAGAGAGAGUACACGCAGGUACUGGUGGUAUCAUCGAUCAGUUUGAUGCUAGCAGCCGCAGCGCAUUACCGUCUCAGGAGACUACGUGACACCAAAAUCAUCCCUCGUCUAAAAACAUCUCACAAACACAAAGACCAUGAGAAACUCGAGAGGUUCUCUCAUUACGUGGCGAGGCAGAUGGGGUUUAAAGACAGAAGAGACUGUCCGAAUCUCUGCAAGCUAGCAGCAGAGUACAUCAGCAAAUCAGAAUGCUGUGAAGAAGACAUUUACAGCUUCUUCUCUCAAGAGCCUGACGCUGAUUCUCUCUUCAUUAAGCUCGUUGAGGAGUUUGAAAGAUGCAUUCUCAGCUACUUUGCCUUUCAUUGGAGCCACGCUGAUCUCAUGAUUAGUCAGAUUCUACAUGCGGACACUGAGCCUAAGAGGAAGCUGAAGCAGAUUGUGAUGGCAGCUACAAGGGAACAGAGGAUCAAUAGGGUGACUAAGAACUUAAAAGUAGCAAGAGUGUUCAACACUUUGGUAGAGGAGAUGAGAGCAAUGGGGAUAGCGUCUGUGGAUGACUCACAGUGCACUGAGGUUAUGGAACCAGUGGCUCACAAAGACAGAAGCCCGGUUCUACUCCUCAUGGGUGGUGGGAUGGGUGCAGGCAAAAGCACUGUUCUUAAGGACAUACUCAAGGAAGCGUUUUGGGCAGGAGCAGACGCUGUGGUAAUUGAAGCUGAUGCUUUCAAGGAAUCUGACGUCAUAUACAGAGCCUUGAGCUCUCGUGGACAUGUAGAUAUGAUCCAGACAGCUGAACUGGUUCACCAGUCAUCAACAGACGCAGCUUCAUCGCUGCUAGUGACGGCACUGAACGAAGGGAGGGACGUGAUAAUGGAUGGGACACUCUCUUGGGUACCAUUUGUGGUGCAGACGAUAACAAUGGCGAGGAAUGUGCACCGUCACCAUUACAGAAUGGGAGCUGGAUACAAGGUUGAUGAUGAUGGGGUAAUCACAGAGGAUUACUGGGAACGGAUUGGUGAAAGACAACAGCUGCAGGAGGAUGGGAGGAGGAGGAAGCCGUAUAGGAUAGAACUAGUUGGAGUCGUGUGUGAUGCAUACUUAGCUGUUAUAAGAGGCAUUAGGAGAGCUAUCAUGUGUAGAAGAGCGGUUAGGGUGAGAUCUCAGCUAAGAUCUCACAAAAGGUUUGCAGAUGCGUUUCCUACGUAUUGUAGCCUUGUUGAUGGUGCUAGGCUCUACUGCACCAAUGCUCUGGAAGGCUCACCAAAGCUGAUAGGUUGGAAAGAGAAGGAGAAGACAUUGCUGGUGGAUCCAGAGGAGAUAGACUGUUUGAAACGAGUGGGAGGUUUGAACGAGAACGCAGACUCAAUAUACCAGCUCUAUAACCAACCGAACCCAGCUUGUGAAGCCGGAUCAAUCUGGAAAGACAUUGUUCUUUCACCUUCAAGGUUUAACAUUCAACAGGAACUCAAAUACUCCAUUCAGAAAGUUGAAAGAUCUAAACAACAACAACAUCCAAAGCUCAAAGACAAGAGAGUGUAAAGAGUACAUCGAUUGUAAAAGUAGGGAGGAACAUUUAAUUUGUUGAUUGUGUAUAACCUCAACGUUGACUUAAGUAGCUACGAGUUUGCUUCUUGUAACCAUUGAUGAAAUGAAACAUCCUUAUAAGGGAUUUAGCUAUAUUAUAUAUGAACUACAAGAACUUUAGAGAUUGAACCACUUCAGGAUCAUUUACAGACUACCGCCUAGAGAGUGAACCAAUACUAAGAUCGCCAACACACUAAACACUAGAUUCACUUAUUGGCCUUCCUUAAAGCCCUCUUCACUGCAGCUGGUGAUCACAAAACAUGAUUUGUAAAGCAAAAUAUAUCUCAAAUCUACAUUGCCCGUCUACCGUUGAUGUUAUAUGUUCUUAUAUUAAGAGAUUGUACAAGGCAUUUCGACUGCUCAUGCAGUUCAAGUAAUGAUCCCGGAGAUUCCAUAGAGAGGAAUAAACACUAGUAGAGCACCAUGUCUCCACAAAAUCUUAUUCUCGCAAAAAGAGUGUUAAAAGUUCAUCAAAUGUAGCAUUAUGGAAGCAAUUCCUAUACCACAGAGUGUUGUUAAUCAUGUUAAUUAUGUUUUGUUCAAGUAUAUAAUACUUGUGGAGAGACUAAACUCAAUUUCACCUCUCCACAAUUUACCUCUAACUCUUACCAUUCUACACAAAUAAAAUGAAACAGAAGAUUUAACAAAAUAAAACGAACACGGUUAACAUUUAACAAGGCAAAUCCAAAAGGCAACCUAGCCUAAAUCCAUCUACGUGUCUAUUUCCUAUUGGUGGUUAUUAUAAAUUUCCAAAAGAAGUCACAUAACUUCACAUGUACACCCGCCCGCACCUGAUCCGCAUCACCGCGUCAUUAACCUAAAGUACAUUAAAUAUAUAUCAUUAAACAAUGAUUUAAAAUAAAUUA